AUGUUUCUUCUGCCGAUCCUCCUCUUCUCAGCCCUUUCGGCUCUCGCAGGUUUCCGUCUUUUUUCCCCUUCCCGACGAAUUCGGCUGUUCCGUUUCAGCAUCGAAAGAAUGCCCGGAUGACUGGAUUUUCCAUCCGGACACGACAGAAUGCUACUUCUUUUCCACACAGCUUUACACUUUCGACGAGUCCGUACAAUACUGUAACUCCAUCGGCGGCAAGUCCGUCUCAAUUAGUUCGUACACUGAGAGAGAUACAAUUGUCGGUAAGUACUCACAUUAGAGUAUUACAGUAACGCUCAUUUCCAUUAAGCAAUGACAAACACAUCCGUACUUCAACCAUGGCUUGCGGUCAGGAGAAACGCGACGAGCAACCAGUUCUAUAAUAUCGACGGAUCCUAUUUCUACAGUUACAUGUGGACCACAAGUGAGAAGCGGGUGAAAGUCUUGAUAAUCGGAAGACAAGAUGAUUGCAGAUGAGCCGAGCACAAAUGGAGACUGUGUGACCUACAAAGGAGUCAGUCCGCCGGGUCUCCGAGUCACGCAAUGCUACCAGUUGCAGCCCGCUUUCUGCAAACAGACUCCCGCACUGUCAGUUGCUUUUCGUGCCUCUAGAUCUAUUCUGACUUCUGUGUCUGAUAAAGACUCGCUGACGCAAUCGAAUUCGGCCAGUCUGAACUCUGAUUCCAUUUUGCACUCGGUCUUACUGUUGUUUUAUUGCAGUUGCAACAGUGCAGUUCUCGGAGGACCGAACACGUGGAGCGGAACUUUCCAGUCCCCCGGAUAUCCCACUCAAUACUACAAUAAUCUUGACUGCCGAUAUCUCAUCAAUUGUGAGCUUUAUUUUGAAAUCUAGAAUAUCUUUCAAUAUUAUCCUUGUUUCAGCUCCAAACAACACGUUCAUCACAGUUCAAUUCUCUCCAUUUUUGAUUGAAGAGUGGUAUGAUUCUCUGCAAGUGUACGAGGGAAACUCGACGAGUUAUGCUAAUUAUAUUGGAUCGUAGGUUCCUUCAUUCUCACUCAUUCUUCAAAUUCCGCUCAGUGCUUCCUCGUACAACGCUGCUCGAGGCUUCGAAUCUUCUGGAAACGUGAUGAAUGUCCAAUUCAAAACCAACUACGCCAUCACAGAUAAGGGAUGGUAUGCCACGUGGCAAGCGAAGAAGGAUAUGCCAGUGAUCAGACAGUCCGGAACCAACGGAACGAUGGUCUCUCCGAACUACCCGAGCAACUACGAUUCGUACGACGAACAAGUGUAUCAGAUUAGCGUGGCGUAUGGAAUGCAAGUGAACAUGACAAUAGACGACUUCCGAACAGAGUCCAAGUUUGAUUAUCUGAACAUCUACAACAGUUCGAUACAAUCGAAUACUUCUCUCGUGGCCACGUACGUCCCAUUCUUCCUGUUGUUUCCUCUCAUUUUCAACACUUUUAGACUCUCCGGCGCUUCGGUGGCUCCGUACAACUUCAUCUCUCCGUACAGUUACAUGUCUCUCAAGUUUGUCUCAGACGGCACUCUUCAAUACAAAGGAUGGCACAUGUACUGGAAUAUCUGCUAG